CCCUCUCAAGGAAGCUAGUCCGAUUUUAUUGUUCGUAAAGAGAAACGGUUUAUUAACACUCAUUUCCCGCACGCUAUUAAGUGUGGACUCUAACGGUAAAGAAACGCGUAAUUUCCGUGUGAAUUUGACCGAUAAAUUCUUUGUUGUGAGUAUUUGGUAGCGUCGCGCGGAGUGAUACGAGCCGAGGGUGAGGGUUGUUAAGAGAGGGCUGGCGGAACUCUGGAAUCAGCGUAAACAAACGGCAAAUGCAGUAAAGCCUACGAGACGAGCACAUCUCCGAACCCCUCGCAGUUAAAAGGGUGGGUCAGGCGAGACCAACUUUGCUCGAGAAUACCCUUUUGAAAAACGACUCAACGGAGCGACGUCGAGAGCAUAUCAGCGACAAAGAAUUUUCUCUCACGAAGUGCAGCGCUUAUGCCGUUUUACACGUGUGUGGAACACGCUAAGGAUAAGCUAACUUGCUAACGUGGCCUAACGUUGGCGUUUUCCUCACGAAACAACACGUCAAACAAAUGAAGUCACGCUAACCCCCACCACCACCACCCACAAACAACACAUUCAAUGACGUAUGGCGGUUAUUAAAUGGUAGCCCAAAAUGUAGAGGUCAAUAACGCCAUAACAGACUCCGUAAAUACUGCGACAAUGGCGAACAAGUUCCUUCGACGCGAAACAAUGCAAGCGAUCAAAAGUAACAAGCGGCCCAGUCAGCUUCCAAUAAACACGUCCUUAUUGUUUACGUUUUCAUUUUAGUGACAGUACGUAACGAACAAAGUAGAUAAAGCUUAAUAAAACCAAUUUCGCGCUCACGCCGAUGUAUGUGUGUUCAUGCCGCGGUCUGGUGUAUUUGCUGGAAACGUGCCACUUCCCGUAGGGAGUUCCGCAUAACUUGGCUAUUUAAUCGUUCAAAACAUUUACAAUGCGUCUUAAUUUCGUCGAGAUUCUCUCAUCUACAAGGCUCCAACGUGCUUUAAAGCGGCCUUUGUACGGAAUAAACUGGCGUAAGCAACCCCCUGACGCUAAUUCAUUUCAGGAAUUAGACUGCACCCCCUCCUCGGUGCUAGGCUUGGUAGGACUAGCAAACUAGUUUUUCAAGACGCACACAAUGUUCUCUGAAAUGUAAAUUAAAUGUGUCAUAAGUAAUCAAAUAGCUGUGCAUUUGGUUAUUAUUUUUAUUUUGUUUUACGGUUUGGAGUAAAGAAACAGUGGUACCAUGUUAAACUGAUCUUGCUUUAUUAUUUUGUAUUUGGUCAGCCAUUUUGACUUGUUAGUGACGCCUACUAAUAGUAGUAGUAGUAAUACUAGUAUUAGUGGUACAAUAUGGGAAUCCAAUGGCUCCUUUUAACUAUUUAGAGGAAACACAGUGGUUCCAUGUUAAACUGAUUCUGCUUAGCUAUUUCAUGCUGUUUGUUCAGCCAUUUUUACUUGCUCGUGACUACUAGUAUUAGUAGUAGUAUACUAGUAUCAGUAGCGUAGUAGUAGUAGAGAUAAAGGGAAUCCAGUGGCUCCUUACUUUUAAGGAGUAAACAAACACAAUGAUACCAUGUUAAACUGAGCCUGCUCAGCUAUUUAUAUAUAUAUAUUUUUUUGGUCAGGCAUUUUAACUGGCUCAUGACUACUAGUGAUAGCAGCAGUAGUAGUAGUAUGACAGGGGAAUUUACUGGCUCCAAACAACGCAAGGCCUUCUGUUUCCACUAAUAGAAGCAGGCCCAGUUAGUCAGAGCCAAAUUGCAGGCAAGAGUCAGUUAAUAUGAAACCUUUAAUGGCAGAAAAGAUUGAGAAAUCACAGCCAGGGCUUGUCAGUGUUGUGGUUGGACACGGAAAGAGGAGGGAGCCAGAGAGCUGCCACCGCUGCUGCACAGAUCACAUCUUGUGCGGAUUAGCAAACUUAAUCUUAACAUGGCCGCCACCGCCACUGGUGCAGUUGAGGGAAGAUGAAAGAUGGAUUUUGUUGUCCAGGGCCUUCAUCUUCACCAGGCCUCGGAGAGCCCUUUCAAUCUGGAUCAAUGCAACAGACAGUUUGAAGGCUAAGUGACGUCGCCGUCUUCUUGGUGGAGGCUAUUUGUCAUGCUACAAACACAAAUAUGGCAUCCAUGUUUUGAAAAAUUAAAGGUGAGCGGUGCAUGCAUUUGAUGACACCACUCACCACAACAUUAGGGUCACAGAGACGCUGAAGCUAACUCUCACCAGAAAGGUUUGCAGCCAAGUGUGAAGUGGUUGGGAUGGGAAUCAGCACCUCCAAAUCUGAGGCCGUGGUCCUCAGAAGCUUUUCAGGGUCGAAAAUUAGAUCCUGCCCCAGGUAGGGGAGUUCGAGUUCUUGGGGUCGUGUUCAUGAGUAAGGGAAGAUGAUUGGCAGAUUGGCGUUGCAUCUGCAGUGAUGCGGACUCUGCAUCAGUCUGUCAUGGAGAAGAAGGAACUUGAUCUCUCGAUUUACCGGUCGACCUAUGUUCUCAACUUCUCACCCUCACCCACGGUCAUGAGCUGUGCUCAAAAGAACAAGAACAAGCGGCCAGAAAUGAAUUUCCUCCGUGGGCUCUCCGGGCAGUCUUUUAGAAAUAGUGUGUGAAGCUCGCUCAUUAUGGAGGGGCUCAGAGUAGAGGCCAUGCUCUUCAUCAGAAGGAGGCAGAUGAGGUGGCUGGGGGAUCUAGUUUUGAUGCCUCCUUGGUGAGAUGUUCCGGGAACAUUGCACCAGGAGGAGGUCUCGGGUACAACCCAAGACACGAUGGAGAGACUUUGUCCAAGGUGACAACGCCAACGCCUCCAACGCUUCAAGAUUCCCCCUGAAGAGCUGGAGGAAGUGGCGGGGAGUUGGAAGUCUAGUAACAUAAAAUGGCUUGAAAUCCUGUCAUGUCUAUAAAUGAUUCAACCAAUUACCGAUGAGAGCUUUAUCUGUGACGCUGUAAUUAGCACAUUCCCAAGUGUUUCUAAAAAGAACCUCGGCACACCAGACCUUCAUGUCAAGUGCAACCUGACCCCUGACGACAUGCCAAAGAUUCAACCACAGACCAAAGUGCUGAUCAUCAAGAGUCUGGAGAGUGAAGACCACGUCCGCUGCUAAGGUGGCAGACAUCUUUAUUGUAUCCAAAUAUCAAGCCGAGAGGAUAAGAAACAUAUUUGACAAAACUGGUGAUGUCUAUGACAAGUCCAAUUCAGGCAGACUCCAUAUAACAACAGCUUGACAGGACCAUUUCUUGCUUCGAUAGUCUGCAGCUAGCCCAUUUUUCCACUGCAGCGGAGCUAUACGAGAACCCGUCACCAGGAACCCCAUCUACAAGAACAGCUUCUCAAAUUCGCUCCAGCGGUGGUCUCCGUGGAAGAAUUAGUGCUCACAAAUCAGCAUGACACAAAAGACAACAAAAACAUUUUGGUUAAGGCCCACAGGCUGCAGAAAGAAUGGAUGGUGGAAAAGUGGCAGAAGAAUGAUUUUCUUCUGAUGAAUCAUCCAAUGAAUUGCAUCCCAUUUGCCGCAAAUACUGCAGAAGACCGUUUGGUGCCUGCAUCCAAGUUACCGCACAAAACUGUCACAUUUGGUGGCGGAUGAAUCAUGGUUUGGGGUUACAUACAGUACUGGUAUGUGUGAGAGAUUUGUAGAGUGGAUGGCAACAUCAACAUCAGAGAGUUAGAGAGGUCAAAUUCUUGAGCAAGAUGGUGCUCCUUCUCAUACGUUAGGCUCCACGUCAAAGUUGCUGAAAGCCAAGAAGGUGAAGGUGCUCCAGGAUUGGCCAGCCCAGCGAACAGACAUAAAGAUUGAUGAAGCAGGAGGAUUGGAAGAUGAAACCAAAGAAUCUCGGGAGUCCCGCAAGGCUGCUUUUUUUUUUUUGCCGUUCUGCACGACUUCAUCAACAGUGUGCAUGUGUUGUGUGUUUGCAAAUAGACACGUUUGUAAAUAUUGAAGGAAAUGCCACGCGUGUGUUUAGAUUUACAGUAGUAUUAGUAAGUUAAAAACUUGCAAACAAUCUACAGUGCAAUACUUCAUAAUUUAAUUUUCAUAAUUACAUCAGAAACGUUCCGGAGAAAAGAAAUUUAUUUUUCUUCUUCUUCUGGGCUUGUUUUGCACGACACCUGCGGGCUAGAUUGGGUACUGCAUCCAUCAGGAUGAGGUGACCUGUCGAACUCGUAUUACUUUUACACUUAAUGCUGUCUUUUAUGCAGAAAACUUGUAUAUUAUUGCUCUAAAUGUGCCUCUUCUCAACUCGCAAUAAUAUGUUUAUAAUUGAGUAACCGUUGGCAUUUCAAUGUAGUUUAAGCCUCUGUCUAUAUAUUAUGUAGCAUUUCAAAAUAACAAGUGGCUGGGCCACGGCGAGUGACACGAGGAGCGUCAGGUUGCUGUGUUGGUGCAGGCGGAAAAGCCGCGCAAAUGGGCGCCUGCUUUGGGGCUCAAAUUACGUGGAGGCACGGGGGCGCUGCACCGGGGAGGGACCGCAAGGAGCACUCCCCUCCCUCUCCUCUCCUCUCUCCUCUCCUCUCUUCUCUUCUCUCUUCUCUCUUCUCUCUCACUUCUCCCUCCCGUCUCCCUUUGUUUCCUCGGCGGCGCUUGCGGGCUCUUUUCGGGCCAGAGCGAGUCCGCGGAGGCACCUGGCUGCACGCAGCGCGUCGCUUCCAACCCAAGCAGGCAGGACGCGAGCGUCUCUCGGCCGUCAUGUUGGCCAGCAGCGGCAAGUCACCGGUUACCUCCGCCAGGGAGCCCAGACCCAAAGUGGCCGAGAAGACCGCAGAUCCCAUUCGGAGGCUCGGUCUGCUGGACAACGAGGACGUGCGCGUGAUGAUGGCGGGCUCCAACAUGGUGAAAGUGCGCUCUCCAAGAUGGCAGAAGAGCCGGAAUUUGCGCCUGCUGGAGGACGGCCUCACUGUGUGGUGCGAGUCGUCGAAGAGCUCCCGCAAGGCCAAAGCCCGCCAGACGUUCGCGGUGACCGAGGUGGAAUGCGUGCGCGAGGGCUGCCAGUCGGAGGCGCUGCGCCGGAUCUCGGGCUCGGUGCCGGACAGCCACUGCUUCACGGUGGUCUUCCGAGGGGCGCGCAAGAGCCUGGACCUGCUGUGCCCGUGCGAGGACGAGGCGCAGCGCUGGGUGCGAGGCCUGCGCACCCUGAAGGAGCGUGUCGCCAACAUGACGCAGAAGGAGAAACUGGACCAAUAUCCUUUGUGGAAAUGUUGCGCAGAUUCGACGUCAACAGCAUACUACCUGCGGCGAGCGGAUCAGAACCAAGACGGCAAGAUGAGCUACGACGAAGUCCGCCGGCUGCUGCAGAUGAUCAACAUCGACCUGAGUGAGCAGUACGCUCGCUCUUUGUUCAAGAGGUGCGACCGGUCCGGGGACAGCCGUCUGGACCACAAUGAGAUCGAAGAGUUCUGCCGGGAGCUGCUGCGCCGGCCCGAGCUGGACGCUGUCUUCCGCCACUAUUCCAGCAACGGCUGCGUGCUCUCCACCGCGGAGCUGCGAGACUUCCUGGGAGACCAGGGGGAGGACGCCAGCCUGGCCCACGCGCAGACCCUUACCAGCACCUAUGAGCUCAACGACUGGGCUCAGAGGAAUCAGUUCAUGACCCAGAAUGGCUUCACCAUGUACAUGCUGUCGCGGGAGAAUGACGUGUUGAACCCGGAGCACGCCCGAGUCUACCAGGACAUGAGCCGCUCCCUCGCCCACUACUUCAUCUCCACCUCGCACAACACCUACCUCACCAAGGACCAAGUGACAAGCGCCAGCAGCACCGAGCCCUAUAUCAGGGCUUUAAUUCAAGGCUGCCGCUGCGUUGAGCUGGACUGCUGGGACGGAGAUAAAGGCGAGCCGGUCAUCUACCAUGGUCACACGCUCACCUCCAAAGUGCCUUUCAAGGAGGUCAUUGUCACCAUCGCACAGUACGCCUUCAAGACGUCUCCGUACCCUCUGAUCUUGUCGCUGGAGAACCAUUGCUCCGUGGAGCAGCAGGUGGUCAUGACCAAACACCUCCGUACCAUACUGGGCAACAAGCUGCUCAACAAGCCACUCAGUGGCCACACGCUCAAGGAUCUCCCCUCACCCGAAGAGUUGAGGGGACGUAUCCUGGUAAAAGGGAAGAAGCAGAUCCCUCACCUAGGCCAGCUGGGCAAGAACGGAAGCUGCGGCAGCUUCUCCUCAAGCUCCGAAGACGAGCAGGCAGGCGGAAACAAGAGUACGCCCAAGAAGGACCCGGCCAAGGUGUGUUCCAAACUGAGCGUGGAGCUGUCAGAGUUGGUGGUGUACUGCCGCAGCGUCCCCUUUUGUGGUUUCGCAAACAUGGGUGAAAGGCCGCCGGACGAAAUGUCCUCCUUCUCCGAGAACGACGCCCUACGGCUGAUCAAAGACUCGGGGAAGCUUUUUGUGAGACACAACAGCAGGCAGCUGAGCCGGAUCUACCCCUCCGGACAGCGCCUGCAGUCAUCCAACUACGAUCCGCAGGAAAUGUGGAACGCCGGCUGCCAGAUGGUGGCUUUAAAUUUCCAGACCCACGGCGAGCAGAUGGACCUGAACCAGGGCCGUUUUCUGCCCAACGGCCGUUGCGGCUACGUCCUUAAACCCAGCUUCCUGUGCAGCGGCGAGUCUGACUUCAACCCGGAGAACACGGGCGGGGGUCCCGGUCACAUCCCCACCCAGCUGACUAUCCGAGUGAUAUCAGCGCAGCAGCUUCCCAAAAUUAACACAGACAAGGCUAGCUCCAUUGUGGACCCUCAGGUGUGGGUGGAGAUUCACGGAGUGGCCAUAGAUAACACCAGAGACAAAACACACCGCAUUGACAACAAUGGCUUCAACCCACGAUGGGACUGCACGCUCAGCUUCCAGCUGCAGGUGCCCGAGCUGGCAUUGGUCCGCUUUGUCGUCGAGGACCACGACCACACGGCCAAGAACGACUUUGUGGGACAGUUCACGUUACCCUUCACCAGCCUGCGUACAGGUUACCGACACGUGCACCUGCUGAAGGCCGACGGGUCCCGGCUGGCCCCCGCCACGCUCUUCAUCCACGUUAAAAUGUCCCGCAAAGGUGUUCCCAUCAAACACGUGUGUGAAAGUACACCUUCCCCCAAGAGAAAAGUGUAAAUGUUACAAAGUGAGAAAUGUUAGCUGGGGGGUUGGGGGCAAACGCUUGUGCUCAAGGGCCACACUGGAUUUUUUUGUACUAAUAAUUCAUGAAUAGAUUUUAAUUAAAUUUAGAUUUAUGUAGUAAAAAAGACAAUUUAAUGCAACAAAUAUUACCCAUCCCUCCCUUCGUUGGACACAAGCAGCUCUUCCUUCCCUGAAAUCAUAGUGCGCUGUUUUUGUUCAAACUAAAGAUGAAUUAAUAUGAUCGCAAAUGAGAUUAAUGAAGUACUAAGAACAAAUGGGGAAAAAAAUAUAUAACUUACUGUACUUACAGCACUUUUUAAUGUCUUGUGUGUUUUUACCUCCACAACUUGAAUUUAAAAUGACAAAAACAAGCAGUAUUACAUUAAAAACAGAUGUUUAUGUGUGUCCUAAUAUUAACUUUAUCUCGAACAUGCUAAAUUUCACUAAGGAAAGGAAAUGAGUCAAUUCACUUAUUUUGACUUGGAGACUGUCGUGUCUAUUUCUGUUUCUUGUCCUCUUUGUUGCCAAAAUAGAGUAUAUGAAUUGACUGAUCAUUACAUCAUCCUGAAAAGUUAAACCUUUCAGUAUUAAAAAGUUUUUCGCAGUUUAACAGGUCAUUAUAUGCAGUGGUGUAUUUAUUGUGACUGAUGUCUUUAUUACAAAUUAACAAAUCAUCUACUAGGACUAUUAUACAGUAUAUAAGAGAGAGAGAGAGAGAGAGAGAUACUCAAAGUCAUUAAUUUUGGGAGAUAAUUCUUUGUGUUAAUCUUUUUGUUGUUGUUUUUGUAACAAAGUACUUUUUAGUGCUGGUUCUCCUUUAACUUUCUCAUGCAACCAUGUCAUUGUCGUCCGUGAAGUGCCAAUAAAGUUUUAAUAAAUUGA